AUGUACACCAAAUAUGAAUACAAACUUAAUAGUGUGGCCUGUCUGAAUGAUGAUAAUGUCUGGACAUGUGGAGAUGAGAACAUAAUGAAACUCUUCAGUGUCAUUUGGGGAACAUCUGGUACUCCUCUCUAUUCAUCUGGUAAAUCUAAUAAAUAUAUCAUUGAGAACAAGAACCUGGAUAUCUGUGUGGCUGAUGAAGGAGCUGAGAAAAUAGUGGUGGUCAAUCAGGCUGGGAAACUGAGAUUUAGAUAUGCUGGCGAUAUCUCUGUUCCAAUGAACAAACACUUCUAUCCAAAAGGUAUCACCACAGACAGUCAGAGUCACAUCCUUAUCAAUAAUCAUUUCCAAGACUGUGUUCACAUCCUGGACCAGGAUGGACAGUUCCUCCGUUUCAUAUAUGGACUUAAAAGUCCCUGGGGAUUAUGUGUAGACACAAAUGACAAUCUGUUUGUGGCUCUUAGUGAUAAUAAACUAAUUAAAAAAAUCACGUAUAUGCAGGAAAGUUGA